AUGCCUCCUAAGGGCUCUCCCGCUGGCCGUACAGAUGCUGUCACCAUCGCUUUGGUCCUGCAGCCCGGAGCCGAGGUUAUCUUCGGACCCCUCAUCGAGCUGAAUUUGAUCUGUAAACUUGGCCCGGACCCUCGCGUGCCUACUCACAACCCCUCUCCAGCCCUUGUCAUCCGUCUCUCUGCUCCGCCUGGACCCACCUGA